AAAAGAUAGACCAAGUACUCGGCUGUGACACAUUUUAUGGCACGAUGACUUUUAUGAUUUAUAUAUUAUGUUCACUUUUCUGCUCUAUAUUAUGCAGCAACUGCGAUUAUAAAGGAGCCACAUAUAGACAGGAAGAAACAUGGGUGACCGAAGAUAGAUGUAAUAUUUGCACAUGUAGAUCUGAUGGAACAAUUUCAUGUGAAACGAAACAAUGCAGUCCCGUUAAGUGUCAUGACAACGGUAGAGAUUACAAUAUUGGAGAGACCUUUCUGUCGUCUGAUGGUUGUAAUGAGUGCGUUUGCACUGUCAACGGUGCAGCGUGUACACGCAUAUCGUGUGGUGGAGCUGGAGUUGAAUACACACAUAUUCCACGUUGUUCCUACCAUGGUAAAAUCUAUACAGUAGGUGACACCUUUAUGUCAGUUGACGGAUGCAACAUAUGUAUAUGUACAGAGAAACAAGUGGAAAUCUGCACAAAAAUGUAUUGCGCACCUUCAACCCUGAAGCCACAAGAAACAACAAAAGCACCGAAGUGUACCUACAAUGGAAAAAUAUAUUCAUACCUUGCCAAAUUUAACAGCAGCGAUGGAUGUAAUACGUGCACAUGUACAGCCAACGAACAGGUUGCAUGCACAGAAAGAGCGUGUCUACCAUUAACUACGAAAGUAGAAACACCACUACUGGUAUCUACGACACCGCAAACAUCAAGUAGCAUAACUAAAAUUUCUACAACGCCCGUGCCGACUUGUGCCUAUAACGGCCGUAUUUAUAAUACUGGCGACCAAUUCAAAGCAGAUGAUGGCUGUAAUAGUUGUACAUGUGGAGGGAACGAGCGAAUAAUCUGUACUUUGAUGGCAUGCCCACCUAAAACUACGAAGAUGCUAACUAGUUUAGAAUCAUCAACACCAGCAUCAACAACAAUGCAUGUAGAAACUACCACUAUACAUAAGUGUAGUUACAAUGGACGAGUAUAUGACUAUGGCAUGAGUUUUAAAGACGACGAUGGGUGCAAUAUUUGUAUUUGUGGUAAGGAUGAAAUUAUUUGCUCAUUAAUGAAAUGUCCAACAUCGACCACAAAAAUUCCGACAACAGUUCCAGUAAAAACAACUCUGUCACCUUCAAAUGCUCCUAUGAUCCAAGUUACACCCCCAAAAAAGUGCAAUUAUAAUGGGCGCGAUUAUGAUGUAGGUGUAAGUUUUAAAGCUGAUGACGGGUGUAAUACAUGUUCAUGCACAGAAAAGGGGGUUAUUGGAUGCACCCUAAUGCUCUGCCAACCAACAACUGUGGAAGCAAAUAACAUUUCAUCAACAGUUGUAUCUAAGAAGGUAACAUGUAUUUAUAACGGACAGGGUUACAACGUUGGCGAAAGUUUUAAAAAUACCGAUGGUUGCAAUACUUGCCAAUGUAUUGAGAAUGGAGGCAUUGCCUGUACAAAAAUGUUCUGCAUAUCAACAACUAAACUAUCAUCUACUCAACCAACAACGCAAACAAUAGUAGCAAAAACGCAACCCUUAAGAAAAUGCAAUUACAACGGGCACAUAUACUUUGUAGGAGAUACUUUUAAGGCUACGGAUGGAUGCAAUACAUGUAGAUGUACAGGGAAACAAGAAAUAGCUUGUACAAAAAUAUACUGUCCACCAACAUCAACAAAAAAUUUCAUCACAGACGUUACAACACCAACAAUUGAAACUACUAAUAGAUCUCGACCAAUGACUACAAUCAAUCAUUUGAAAGUAACAAUGAAUAAAUAACUUUUAAAACACUUA